AGCGAUUAUGUUGGUUCAUGUGUUGAUAUGGUCCUGAAAAUUCAUGUAGAAAAACCGGCCAAUGAAGACAUCUUAGUGUUCUUAACUGGUCAAGAUGAGAUUGAAAGGGCUAUUCAACUGCUUCUCUGGAAGCGUCAGUCAUCUAUUUACGAUGAUUCAGCAGUCUUCAUACCACUAGCGUUCUACACUGCUCUGCCACUAGAUGAACUGAACAAAGUUUUUGAACCAGCCCCGCCUGGUAUGAGGAAGGUUGUGUUUAGUACAACACUAGCUGAGACCUCGCUGACCAUAAGAGGUAUUAAGUACGUCGUUGAUUGCGGCAAGGCUAAAGUUAGGACCUUCGAGCCUGUUAGUGGCCUUGACAUUUUGAAGGUCAGGGUGAUAUCCCAGGCACAGGCCAAUCAGAGAGCGGGUAGAGCCGGUCGAGAAUCGGAUGGCGUAUGCUACAGGAUGUACUCGAUGGAUAAGUUUAACUCCAUGAAAAAAACUUCCGUGCCUGAAAUUAAGAGGACCAACUUAUCCAGCGUUAUACUACAACUCUUAUAUUGGGGUGUCCGUGACAUCACUUCCUUCGACUUCCUGGACAAACCUAAACCGCAGACCCUGGCAAAAGGCGUGCAGAUGUUGAAAUGGCUAGGUGCUAUAGUGGAUGAUGGCGGUAACUGUGAUGACGACGACAAGAAAUUAUACAAGCUGACAGCUGUGGGCAAGCAGAUGGUAAAGUUCCCAUUACUUCCUCAGUACUCCAAAAUCAUCAUUAACGCCAACUCUUACGGAUGCUUGCCGGAGAUUCUGAAUAUAAUAGCUAUGCUGUCUGCUGAUAACAUACUCGUUGACGUCUUAAAUAAGAGAAACGAAAUCAGGAUAAAUAGGUCUGUCCUUGAGGAUAAUUCAGGUGACCUAAUAACCUACUUAAGAAUAUUCAGUGAAUACAAUAAUGUCAACGAUAAAGAGAAAUGGUGUAAGAAGUAUUAUAUAAACGAGAGAUCCAUGAGAGUGGCGGCCAGUAUAAAGUAUCAGUUGAAGCAGCUCUGCAUUCACGAAGGCUUCAAGAUGGAUUCUAGAACCGGACGAGAUUACGAUACGAUUAUACAGUGCCUGUGUACAGGGUUAUUCAUGAAUUAUGCCAGACAUGCUGUCGAUAGAUUUCUCACAAACGAUAGCCAGGAGGCAAAGAUUCACCCAUCGUCGUUCCUCGCCAAGAAGUCAAACGCCGGCGCGCACGUAAUCUACUGCGAAUUAGUGCACUCAAAUGAGGUAUACAUGCGUUACGUUAGCAACGUUCAUCCGGACUGGGUCAAAAAUGCUGCCCCAACUACGUACGAGAUCAAAAAAUUAGUACAGCCCGAUCCGGAUGAUGUUAAAAGGAGGAAGAGAGAUAUAAAAAUGGGAUUGAAGUAGUUUUGUGAAAGAUAUCCAGAUUGAUUGAUUAAUUGGUUAAUUUGUUUAUAGAUUCAUUUAAUUGAUUUAUUGUAUUGUGUUGUUGUGAUGUGUAAUAUAAUUGAAAACCAUGUAUGUGUAUGUCAUUUGUGUUUAUGUAGAAUAAAGUAGAAUGUCAUAUGAACAUAUGUGUGAGAUAGAUAGAUAGAUAGAUAGAUAGAGAGAGAGAGAGAGAGAGAGAGAGAGAGAGAGAAACAGAGAUGGAUUCUAUUUAACACAUAAACUGCUUUAAGGUUCCUUUAUAAUUUUAGUGACAUCUGUCAAAAAUUCGUCAUUGUGAAGAUACUUUGCUAAUGAGCGAGUUAUGAGAUGGGACGUUCGUUCGUCAGUAUCUCAACAGAAAAUUGAAUUCAAACGCAGUUUAUAUUGUUUUAAAACUAAUUGCCAGACACAAGUGGCGUGGAAUACGCGCAACCCAACGGUCAUUAUGAUACUGUACUAAAUAAUAAAAUGAAAAUAAAUAUCUACAAAGUGAUCAACUCGAAAACCCGUUCAACCAAUCAAAUCCAUUGGUCAUUCAAAUCAACCAAUCA